CGGACCUUUGUUUCAGAGGAAAUUCACAGUUAUAAAUGUGACCUAAUGUCAGAUUGAAGGACCAACCACACAUAAUAUCUGCGCCAAGGUCCUUCAAGUCAUCGGGCCCAAGCAUGAUCUCAAAUCUUAUAGCGACCUUGAUUUUGCCACUUGUGAAAAGCACAUUUGUGGCAGAUGUGCUCUCAAAUCCCCAUGUUUCUGAAGAAACAAUGUGCUAUGAUCACUUUGAAAUAACCAGGAAUACUAUCAUCAGAACGGAGGAGUCUCGAGCCGUGGGUGCGAAAUAUUUGAAUGAAACCGAUCUACCAAGUGGUGACGAUUGCCUUCUGCUCUGCUGCAAAGUGGCCCAUUGCAAUGUAGCAGUGUAUGAGGAAAAGGGUUCCAGAGGCUGCUAUCUCUUUGAUUGUGGUUCGCCAGAUGAUUUCAAGUGUACCUUCACUCCUCUGAACAUGUACACUAGUGGAGUGAUGAAGAAGAGCCGUGAAGGUUACGAGCAGGAUAUUAAAGACAGCCAAGGGAAACAUGCAGAGGAUCUAAGCAAGUUGAGGAGUGGGAAGAAACCAGAUCCAGCCUCUACAAUGGAGAAUGAUUUCAAGGUCAUCACUGCUCAGAUGUUGAAUUUCAGUGCAAGAAUUCAACUGAAUGCAUUGCCAUUUAUAAUGUUUGUGAUGGCAUCCCGCAAUGUGCUGAUGGAUCAGAUGAAAGUGCAGACCAACAAUGCCGCUCAGUGGACAUUGGAGAAUCAGUUGAAGGAAAAGGGAACAGCAAAGGGAGAACCUUUGGUGGUGGCAGAGAAGGUGAAGCAAUUGAGGGUGAAUCUUCAGAUGAGGUGCAAGAUAUCCCUCAACUCCCAUCUAUGUACAGUGCUCCAGUUGCAUCCCAGAUCCCCAAUAGAGCAGGUAUGGGCACUCAUGAUCAUGUUCCAUAAUGAUCUAGCUGGUUGCUUCUUUGUGUAUUUUUCCUUGCAUGCUGCCAAAGGAUCAAUAUUUAACCAUAAAGACAAUCAGCUACUGACUGGGAAUCGGCACAUGCCAAGUGUGAAUCAAGGCAAUGGUCAAAGGACAAACUACCCUGCACCAGGUCAAUGGUACAAUGGACAGGGGCCUUCCGCAUGGGCACCUUAUCAGGAUGAAUCCUUGAACUCAAGACCACAACAAGCAUCAUUCCCUCAAUAUGGUGCUCAAGGCAUACAGUAUGGGGGUCAAGAAUAUGAUGGGGAGACCCCAUGGCAUCAUGGAAAUCCACCAUUGCCAGCUUAUCCUCCACCUGCAAAUUAUCCCCAGACCUCUGGUGGCGGAGGCAUAAACACCAUGGAUCGUGGUUAUCAACCCCAACUCGUCCCUCCUCCAGCACCACAGCUUCACUCAAUGGAAAACAUGAUGCCUCAGAAGUCUUCUUUCACCAACACUCCCCAAUCAGGACUUGCCACCACUGUGGAAAACCAUGUCAAAAAUGAAAAUCCUGCUGGCAGUCAGAUUGAAGGAUCACCUGCUCCAGCUCACAAGUCCAUUCAUCAGCUUGAGUUGGAGUUGGCAAUGCUGGAUGAUGAGGAAUCUGCAGAGAGUCUAGACCCCGGUGGAGCUGUGCUUGCUCUUACUCUUGGUCUGUGUGUGACUGCAUUGCUAGCUGUACUGAUUGUUUGCCGACUUAGAAAUCCCCGUCGUCUGCUCCGUCGAAGUGGCCGACCACCCUUGGAACAUGACUCUGACUAUCUGGUCAAUGGAUUGUAUCUCUAGGUCUCAUCUGGUAUGUUCUCUUACCAUUUUAGCAUCAUAUGAGAAUGAGUUCAUGUGAUGUGCAUUGUUUUUCCUGAUGAACCUCAUUCCUGGCCUUUGUCAAUUUUUGUGAUUGCCUCUCUAGAACCCAUGUUGGAAGCCUGGGAAUUAUAGUUGUUUGAGUCUGUGUGCUUUAUCACAUUCUACUCAUGAUUUUCAGUCUGAUUGCAUUUUUUCAUGCAGUGUUUAUCAAAGAAUGAGUCAUGAUAAAUUGUAUAAUUGUCUUCUCCCCUCUAAGAAUGAAUAAAGUCUCUAGAUCAUUAU